AUGAAAAGAAGUACUCCAUCCACCAGCACGAAAGCCGGAUCGAAAUCCAAAAAACCCCGAGUUGAGGUGCCAGAGUAUCAUCUAACUCCACCAGUACGUGAUGAGGCCGGCAAGGCUGUGUGGCCGGCCCCUAAAGAUCAAAUAGAAAAGGCUAGGAGUGUUAUUCAAGAAUGUGCUGCUACUGGAGGGAAAACACUUAUAGUUCCCGACAAAGAUGCAGAUGGCCUCGCCUCAGGCGCCAUCCUACAAAAGACGCUGAUCUUGCUAGGACUCAGCCCAGAUCUCAUAUCAGCGCAUCUGCUCCAGAAAGGCCGCAACAUCCACGAUGAGUGCGAACGAAAGGCCAUGGCUGCGCACAAGCCGGAUUAUAUAUUCGUCCUCGAUCAAGGCUCCAGGAAAUCUGCUCCAGUCAUAGAUGAGACUCAUAAAGCCUUGGUCAUUGAUCAUCACUUCGCGCUGGAGGACGAUUUCCCUGAAGGUGCCGAGCACGUGACGGCUUGUGACUCUCCACCAGUAGCCACAAGCUCGUUGCUUACGUAUCUCAUUUGUUCUGAGCUGCAUGACAAAGUAAAGGAGUCGUGCGAUUGGCUCUGUGUGAUGGGCACGCACGGUGACUUGGGCAACACAUUGAAAUGGGAACCUCCGUUUCCAGACAUGAAAACAACUUUCAAGACACAUACGAAGAAGGCAAUCAACGAUGCAGUCUCCUUGAUCAAUGCGCCAAGAAGGACCGCAACAUACGAUGUUCCAGGAGCUUGGGAAGCCUUGACAGCGGCAGAGUCGCCAGCAGGCUUGCUGAAGAACCGCACUCUACUAGCAGCAAGAGCCGAAGUCAACACUGAGGUCGAGCGAUGUACACAUACCGCACCCAAGUUCUCGGGAGAUGGCAAGAUCGCAAUUUUUAGGAUCAACUCAGCGGCUCAAAUUCACCCGGUUAUCGCGACUCGGUGGGCAGGGCAUUUGCAGUCAUCGAAGCUCGAAGUCAUUCUGGUGGCUAAUGAAGGCUAUCUUCCUGGGAUGGUGAACUUUUCGUGUCGCAUACCGCGAAGCGCGAGAGCUCGGGAUUCUCCUGUCAACAUCAUUGCAACCUUGGAAGAGAUCGCAGAUAAGGCGCCAAACCCCACGUUGAGAACGCGCUUGGGCGAAUCAUUUGCUAGAGGGCACAAGGAAGCCAGUGGUGGAAUAGUCCCAAAGGCUGAAUUCGAAGAGCUGAUGGAGAUACUCGAGAUCGGCAAGAAGUCUGAAGAAAGCAGUCCAUCUAAGAGGAAGGCGAAGGAGAACUUGCCAAAGCAAUCCAAUACUUUGAUGAACUACUUUGGUAAAGUGAGCUGA